AUGUUGGGUGGUUUAUACGGAGACCUUCCUCCACCUUCGUCUGCGGAGGAAGACAACAAACCUACUCCCAAUGUGUGGUCUUCCAGCACCAAGAUGGCCCCCGCCACGCUCCGCAAGCCCGCCUCGCUCUUCGCGCCUCCGCAAACCCUUCUCCGAACCCAGCCCAAGCCCAAGCCCAUUGUCGCCAACCCUAAGGCCCUUCUCUCCCCCACGCCCGCCCCUCCUCCCGACGACGCCCUCCAGCCCGCCCUCGUCGGUGUCCAGUCCACCGUCCUUGAGGAGUACGACCCGGCCCGCCCAAACGACUACGAGGAGUACCGCCGCGACCGCAAGCGCAAGGCCCGAGAGGCCGAGAUGCUGCGCGAGCUCGAGCGCCGCCGCCAGGAGGAGGAGGACGAAGAGAGGGAGCGCGAGAAGGAACGAGAGCGAGAAAGGGAUUUCAGUGAUUCGAGGUUGAAUGUUUCCGGCGAGGAGGCAUGGAGGAGGCGCGCAGCGAUGAGUGGGGCAGUGCCGAGGUCGCCGUCGCCGCCGCCGACGGGGAAUUCGGACGGAUUUAGCAUUGGGAAGUCGGAGACGGGAGGGUUGGGAGUGGGGGCGGGUGGGCAGAUGACGGCGGCGCAGAGGAUGAUGGCAAAGAUGGGGUGGAAGGAGGGGCAGGGGCUUGGGAAGCAGGAGCAGGGGAUUACCACUCCUUUGAUGGCAAAGAAAACGGAUAGAAGAGCUGGGGUUAUUGUGAAUGCUAGUGAUAACAGCAAGAAAGUUAAGAGUGUUAACUUCAAUGGAGUGCCUACCAAGGUGCUGCUGCUUAGGAACAUGGUGGGUCCUGGUGAGGUAGACGACGAGCUGGAAGAUGAGGUAGGAUCAGAAUGUGCCAAAUAUGGAACUGUAACCCGAGUUCUUAUAUUUGAGAUAACAGAACCAAAUUUCCCCUCUGAUGAAGCAGUAAGAAUUUUUGUGCAAUUUGAGAGAUCCGAAGAAACAACUAAAGCGCUUAUUGACCUCGAUGGUCGAUAUUUUGGGGGUAGAGUGGUGCGUGCCUCAUUUUAUGAUGAGGAGAAGUUUAGCAAGAAUGAAUUAGCUCCAAUGCCUGGAGAAAUUCCUGGCUUCACCUGA